AUGACUGAACAAGAUCAAGUUAAGAAACAAAAGACCGUGGACCAACCACCAAGACCUCAAAACAUCGGUAUCAAGGGUAUCGAAAUCUACAUUCCAUCUCAAUGUGUUAACCAAGAAGAACUAGAAAAGUUCGAUGGUGUCUCCACUGGUAAGUACACCAUUGGUUUAGGCCAAACAAACAUGGGUUUUGUUAACGACAGAGAAGACAUCUAUUCCAUGUCUCUGACCGUUCUAUCAAAACUUUUGAAAAACUACAACAUCGACACAAACAACAUCGGUAGAAUCGAAGUUGGUACCGAAACUUUGCUAGACAAGUCCAAGUCUGUAAAGUCUGUGUUGACGCAACUUUUCCCAGGUAACAGCGAUACUGAAGGUAUCGACACCGUUAACGCUUGUUACGGUGGUACCAACGCCCUAUUCAACUCCCUAAACUGGAUCGAGUCUUCUGCUUGGGACGGCCGUGAUGCCGUUGUUGUUUGCGGUGACAUUGCCAUCUACGAAAAGGGUAGUGCUAGACCAACCGGUGGUGCUGGUACCGUUGCCCUAUGGAUCGGUCCAGAUGCUCCAAUCGUCUUCGACCCAGUAAGAGGUUCUUUCAUGGAACACGCUUACGACUUCUACAAGCCAGACUUCACUAGCGAAUACCCAUACGUCGACGGUCACUUCUCUUUGGCCUGUUACGUUAGAGCUCUAGACAAGGCUUACGAAGCUUACUCCAAGAAGGCUAUCGCUAAGGGUCUAGCUGCUGCUCCUGCUGGCGAAAAUGCCAUCAACGUAACAAAACACUUUGACUACAACGUUUUCCACGUGCCAACUUGUAAGUUGGUCACCAAAUCUUACGGUAGAUUGUUAUACAACGACUUCAGAGCUAACCCUUCGCUAUACCCAGAGGUGGACGCUUCUUUGGCUACUAUGGACUACGACGCUUCUCUAGCUGACAAGACCCUGGAAAAGACCUUUGUUAACGUCGCCAAGCCUUUCCACAAGGAAAGAGUUGCACCAUCUCUCGUUGUUCCAACCAAUACUGGUAACAUGUACACUGCAUCUGUUUACGCGGCUCUUUCUUCUCUAUUGUGCUACGUUGGCUCUGAUGCUCUACAAAACAAGCGUAUCGGUUUGUUCUCCUACGGUUCCGGUUUAGCCGCAUCUUUGUUCUCUUGUAAGGUUGUUGGAGACAUCAAGCACAUCGUUGAUGUUUUGGAUGUUGACAACAAAUUAAAGUCAAGAAAGACUGAAACUCCAGAAGACUACGAAAAGGCCAUCCUAUUGAGAGAAAAGGCCCAUCUACAAAAAUCUUUCGAGCCAACCGGUUCCAUUGAACACUUGGCUCCAGGUACUUACUAUUUGUCCAAGGUUGAUGACAGAUUCAGAAGAAGCUAUGCCAUCAAGGAAUAG